AGCGUCGAGCAGCAGCUCGCUGUAGCUGCGUUCAAAUUCAGCCAUACACAGCGCACUGCUCACUUUAUCUAGCUCAUUUGAAAGAAAAAACUCAGUGUUGCCGGUUUAACGAUGCGGCUCAACGGGAAUAACCGGGGAAACGCUGAUAUCUGCUGACAGAGGAGAGAAAGCGAUCGCCUCUAAUUACAGCAUCCGGAACUGGCAGCAUCGCUUUUAUGCGCCAAGAAGAUGGUGAAUAGAGCUAACGGUGAGAAGCUGUGAGUUUUGCUGAGUCUCUAUUAAGGCAGCUUUCUUCGGUCAUGUUGCUCUUGAGUGGUGAGAGGAGAACGUGAGGAUAGUGUUGCAGAGAUAGACAGCGAGUGGAAGAGAUAGAGACAGAGUGUGAAAGAGGGAGAGCUGCCUUUGCGGGCAUGUCACACCACCAUUCGCGAGGGCACCAGGGCCGUGCCUCCAGCAUGGAGGAAAGAAGUGCCACACCCGUCCACAAGAGUUCCACCCCCACACACAAGAGUGGUUCUUCCUCCUCCUCCUCCCAAAGGGACAGCAGACAGGAGGCAGACAGCUGGGAGAUCAUUGAAGGGCUGAAGAUCGGGCAGACGAAUGUCCAGAGGCCUGAUAAACAUGAAGGGUUUAUGCUGAAGAAGAGAAAAUGGCCGCUGAAGGGCUGGCACAAGCGUUUUUUUGUUCUGGACAAUGGAAUCUUGAAGUACUCCAAGUCCCCCAUAGACAUUCAGAAAGGAAAGCUCCAUGGCAGUAUUGAUGUAGGUCUGUCUGUGAUGUCCAUAAAGAAGAGAGCUCGGCGCAUAGACCUUGACACAGAGGAGCACAUCUAUCAUCUCAAGGUGAAGUCUCCAGACGUGUUUGAUGCCUGGGUGUGUAAGCUGCGUCACCACCGUUUGUACAGGCAGAAUGAGAUUGUGCGCUCCCCUCGCGAUGCCAGCUUACGAGCCUUCCCUCCUCCCGCCAGCCUUGAGUCACCUCAGACAACCCCCUCUUCUGCUCACGAAACCAAGCAGCAGGUGAAGCCCAGCUCUCUGCCCUGGCAGCAGCCCCUGACCUGCACCACCAGCUUGCCACCCUCCUGCAGCAAUGGCCAGAGCAAAGUAGCAGCAUGGCUGCAGGAGUCAGAGGAAAUGGACAAGUGUGCAGAAGAACUUGCACACUGUCAGUCUAGUCUGAUGGAGCUGAGCCGGUUACUGCAGAGUCUGGAGAUUUUACAGAGAACACAGUCAGCACCAAGCUUCACAGACAUGCAGAGUAACUGUGUAGAGUUAUCAAAGAAAGACAAGAGAGUCAGCAGAAGAUGGAGAACAAAAAGUGUCAGCAAAGACGCAAAAAUGCAACUGCAGGUUCCUUUGAGUGCUACCCGGUCGGCAGUGCGUCUUCAUUCCUCUAACCCAAAUCUAUGCGCGGAGCUUGCUGAGUACCAAACCCCUGUUACCCGUCUAGCUGAUAGCAUUGAAUGUGCCACCGAUUACAUCAAACUGCAGGAAGAUUUUUGCAUUAUCGCUCAGAAAGUGCACUCACUGCUAAAGUCUGCCUUUAACACGGUGGCCAUAGAGAAGGAGAAGAUCAAACAGGUGCUGUCAGAGCAGGAGCACUCCAGUCAGUCAGCUCAGAUUGUGACCCUGCGGCGCUCACUGUCACAGGCCCUGUCCCAGAACGCAGAAUUGAAGACCCGCCUGAAUCGUAUCCACUCAGAGUCCGUGCUCUCAGACCAGGUGGUCAGCGUCAACAUAAUCAGUAGUCCUGAUGAGGCAAGUGAACAGAUCCAUGUGGGGAUUCCUCUCACACAGCAGGCCUCCAAUGAAAGCAGACUCUCUAUGUCAGAAUCUGUCUCUGAGUUCUUUGACGCUCAGGAAGUGCUGCUUUCAGCCAGCUCAUCAGAGAACGAGGCCUCUGAUGAUGAGUCUUACGUCAGUGAUGUGAGUGAUAACAUUUCAGAGGACAACGCCAGCGUCACUGAUAAUGUUUCUCGACAAAUGCCGAAUGGAGAUCUGGCUGGGGGUGUGUUCCGUAAUGGGCGACGGACAUGCUUACCUGCCCCUUCCCCUGACACCUCCAACAUUAACCUGUGGAACAUCUUGAGGAACAAUAUUGGUAAAGACCUGUCCAAAGUGUCAAUGCCCGUGGAGCUGAACGAGCCGCUAAACACGCUGCAGCACAUGUGUGAGGAACUGGAGUACACAGAGCUUCUGGACAAAGCAGCUGAGACUGACGACCCUUAUGAACGCAUGGCGCUGGUAGCUGCAUUUGCUGUCUCAGCGUACUCCUCCACGUACUACCGUGCAGGCAGCAAGCCCUUUAACCCCAUACUGGGAGAGACUUAUGAAUGUAUCCGGGAAGACAAAGGCUUCUGCUUCUUCUCUGAACAGGUGAGCCACCACCCCCCUGUCUCUGCCUGCCACUGUGAGUCCAAAAACUUCACUUUCUGGCAAGAUGUCAGAUGGAAAAACAAGUUCUGGGGGAAGUCUAUGGAAAUCCUCCCCAUUGGCACAGUAAAUGUGAUGUUGCCCAGUUAUGGUGACCACUACGAAUGGAAUAAAGUCACCACCUGUGUGCACAAUAUUCUUAGUGGAAGGAGGUGGAUUGAGCACUAUGGAGAGAUCACUAUCAGAAAUACCAAGACCAGUACCUGUAUCUGCAAACUCACCUUCAUCAAGGGUAACUACUGGAGCUCCAAUGUGAAUGAGGUACAGGGCUUUGUGAUGGAUCAAGAGGGGAAGGUGGUUCACAGACUGUUUGGGAAAUGGCAUGAAGGUCUUUACUGUGGAGUCCCACCCUCUGCCAAAUGCAUCUGGAGACCAGGCUCCAUGCCUACCGACUAUGAGCUCUACUAUGGGUUCACUAGAUUUGCUAUUGAGCUGAAUGAGUUUUGUCCGGAGAUGACGGAGCUUCUACCACCUACAGAUGCUCGCUUCAGACCAGAUCAGAGGUAUUUGGAGGAGGGAAAGGUGGAGUUGGCUGCAGCUGAGAAACAGAGGAUUGAAGAGCUACAGCGGGCCCGGAGGAAGUGGCAUGAAGAGAACAACACAAAACACCAGCCACGCUUUUUUAAGAAAGUUGUAGACUCAAACCAGAGAGAGAGGUGGGUGUCUAAUAACACGUACUGGGAGCUGCGCAAGGAGCCAGGCUUCCUUAAGAUGGAAAACCCUCAACUGUGGUAGCAUCCAAAUACCUGUACAAAACAUAUCACCAUUGCUACAGACUAUAGAAGCUUUACCUAUGCACAAUGCUGCUUACAGUGAAGCGCAGUGGGACUGGACAUACCAACGACUUUGGCACGGCUCCAGGCACACACUGAAGGAAAGCAAAUGAUGAAUGAAGACAGACUCUGCACAUCAUUGCACCACCCCUCCUCUUCCAGAAUUUCCCUCACCAUAGUAACAUGCAGAGACAGGGUCAUCGUCAUGGCAACCGCCCGAGUUGUAGAGUUAUCCUAAUGAAGCCUGUUGGGCUUUCCGUUACGUCCUUGCCUUAAGAAGCCACUUGUUAACAACCCAGUUUUAUGCUUUUAGUCAAACCCAUAUGAUUUCAAGUGCUCUGAUUUAGAACUGACAGUGUGAAUUAUCUCUUGGUUACAAAUACAGUAUCUACAGAAUAUUCUGCAUGUUUAGAAGGCAGCUUUCAUUGGCACAUGCUAUAAUGACUUGUCAAUACAUCAUUUGUAGUUUAAAAAUGUAAUGGUAUUUUUGUAAAACGUCAAAGCUUAGAAGCUCUUUGCCAGUGUGGGGUCAGUGAGUAGACCCACGUGGGAGAGUAGAAACAGACCAGCCAGUCCUAUUCAUGGUUUCUGAAAAAGGGGCAUCCCUUUUCCUUCAGCUCCAUCUGCUAUCUUUAGAUAUAUCCAGGGAAUAAGAACAGGACUUGCCUCAGUGAGGUUAGUGACUUGGUUCAGUGAUUAGAAACUGUAUUUUGUCAGGUUUCAUAAUGUGUUCUUAAAAAUGUAUACACUUAUAACACUCCCAAAGAUUUGGACCCUUUUGCAGAGGGCUGACCAGGAUAGCAGACCAUUUGAGCAGCCCAUGAACUACAGUACCAUGCAUCUCUGCUUUGAAAAGCUGUUCUAACAAGAUAACCUCCAGUUUUCUGUCCAUUGUGCUCACCAGAAACUAUCAAGGUGUUUUAUACAUUUACAUUUAUUCAUUUGGCAGACACUCUUAUCUUGAGCAGCAUAUAGUGGAUAUAAAAGUGUACACACAUUCAGAUAGCAAUCAACAAAAUUCUAAGUAAUUAUUAGGUAAAAUUGAAAUAAAAAAUAUACCAUACCUUAGUUGCAUAUAUAUGCACAACUUUUUAAAAGGUAGCUGAAGCUGUGCUCACAAAUCACAUUCAAUACAAUGUCCAAAGACCUGCCAUUAAUGAAAGUAAUUCUGAUAAACCCCAAGUAAAAUUCCUGACAUUUUCAUGAUUCCAUCCUUCGUGAUAGAAAUGCUUCAUGAAGGCCUGGAAAAUAUACUCAGGUCAGGAAAAUCCUCAAACAUUAAUGACAGGACAAGAAGAUAACUUAUCAACGAGGCCAUCAAGAGACCUACAGCAACAUUUAAAAAGCUGUAGGAAUUUCUGUCAGGUAGUGGUCACUCCUUGCAUGUGACAGUAAUCCCCCAUAUUCUGCUUAUGUAUGGGCAACAGAUUACAGUUGAAAAACUGAAUCAAUUUUUUACAAAAAGAUCAUCCAAUCCCAUCUAAAGUUUGAAAAAUAUAUAUGUUAAAUCACCUAAAACCAUCUCAUAACACAGUUUUAUUUGAAGGAGUAACUCCAAAUAUCAAGCUGUUUUGACACAAAACAUCUGCAAAUUGAAAAGAAUUUCACCUUCCAAAUGAUACUGACCCAACGCCCACAACCAAGGAAUGAUUUAAAAAGGGAAAAUCUGUGUCUUAGAAUGGCCCAAUCAGAGCUUGGAACCUGUGAAAUGGCCUAAAUUGGAUUGUGCACAUGAGAUUUUAAGGGAGCUUGAUUUUUUUAUGCAAGGAAGAGUGGGAUAAAAUUGCAUAGGUGAAAAAGUGUAUGUGUCAAAGGUUCAUAGUGACUUUAACAAAGUCUGCUUAUUAAUUUUCCUAAUAGUCACAUAUGAAUUAGUUUAUCUCUUUAAUUUUGUUGAUUGUAAUGUCACUCUAAAGAUGGAAAAAUGUGAGGUAUAUGAAAUACAUGAUAUAUCUUGAUCACAAAUACCUGCAAUUUCAAUAAGGCACAGUGGUGCACUGUCACCUCACAGAAGGAAGGGCCUGGGUGACCAAAGACAUGCAGUCAGGAGAAUUUGAGAUGCUAAAUUGCCCCUAUGUGUGAAUGUGUGUGUGAAUGUAUUUCAGUGUGUCUGCCUUGUGAAGGACUGGCGACCUGUCCAGGGUGUUUCUUGCCUUUCACCCAAUGACUGCUGGGUCAGGCUCCAGGAUAAGCAGCUUAGAUAGUGUGUGUGUGUGUGUGUGUGUGUGUGUGUGUGUGUGUGUCCACUGUACAUAAAGUGUUUUUUCCUAAAUUUAAUUUAAGCCACAUUUGCAUUUAGUGUGAUUUAUUGCUGUCUUUAAGAUGCUACUAAAAUGCAGGUGGAGCACUUUACACACUACUCACCUGUGAAUGCAGACAUAUCCCAGGCUAGUAUUUUUAGAAUUGCUCAUUGACAAAAGCUUAAAACUCUUAUUAAUAUACUUGCAACAACUUGUGUUGUUUUAAAAUUUACUGUUUUUUUACCUGAUUUAUUUAUGGGAUUCAGUUGUUUUAAGUGUUUUAGUCCAACAGUUGUUAAGGUUGCCGCGUUAUGGAAUGUAAGUGUAGAGUAUUGGGCUGGAAGUCAAAGGUGUGUAGGUUUUUGUUUUGUUUUGGGUUUUUUUUCUCAGUUGGUACAUGUGCCAGGUUUAGGACAUCCUUAACUCUUUCUCUUGCUGCAUGACUCCCAAACUGCUCAGAAUGAACAUAGCUGCUGUAUUAUUACUGCACCAGAGACACCUGCUGGCCAUCUCACACAGUACUUCAUACAGGUCAGAACUUUUCAAAGUAGAGGACUUUUAACUUUCAAGAAUGCAGUCAUUGGUCAGGAAGAACCUGUUCUUGAAUCAGGACUCUUGUUCUAAGACAAUAAAUAUAAAUAUGGGCCUAGGUGUCAGAAACCUCAAGAGUUUUUCAAAGCAUCAUCAGUGUGAAAAAUGAAUUACUGCUUGUAGAUGAUGUUUUGGGCAAUGUUUGGAAUUCCUUUUCUGAUUCUAACCAAAGAGGGUUUUUAUUAAUGUAAAAAUGCCCAGAGUUUAUUUUGCUGAGUGAACAAUUUUCAAUUUCAGUUUCAAUUUUUCUCUUUUACGCAGAUCUAUGCCCACAACCUCUUAACCAAAAUUAACGGUUUGCUCCUUAGCACUGAUUGCUUUUACCACAACAUACUAUUCCAGUUCUAGACACUUUGUUCACAAAAUGUACUUCUUUUUACUGCUUAUGAGGACACAUUGCAUCAGUCAUGGUGUAAUUCUUUAUAGCUUCUAUUCAUUGUAAUGUUGACUGUGCUGGAUUUACUUGCUGUACUUUUAUUUUAUCUCAAACAGUUCACAAGAGACAAAGUCAGGUGUUUAUUUUAGAUAGUUUAUGUAGAUUAUAUGGCACAAAAUGCUCUCUUAUAGAAUGUCAUGUCAGUAGGUUACUGAAAUACUGAUGGUAGAAAAACAUUGUGUGUGAUUAAUGUAGUCAGUUACAUAUCUCUGAACAUAGGUUCUCUCUCACAAUGAAAUCAUAUCUCGUUGUAUCAGUCCCACUUGCUGUGCCUUAACGCAUCUGUAAUCACAUUAACUCACUGUACCGCACAAAGAUCAUAAUGUCUCUCAACUACUGGACACAUCCUAUGUACUGCACACCAAUGCACUUUCCCACAGUAGCUCUGCUGUGCAUAGCAGCAGCUGAACGCUUUCCAACAUUUGAUGAACUUUUCGUCCAUAAUCUGUAACCUGAGAAAAAUAAGCAUGUACUUAGAGACUUUAAAUUAAUGCAGUCACCUUACUAACAAAGGAGUCCUGGUACAACUGUUUGUAUUAGGUAUUUUAGAAUUUAAAGUGUAUUACCUUUAACAGAAGAAAGAACAGCACAUCAGAAAGGUCGCAUUGCUUUCCAGCUCAGAGGCGGAGACCACGUAGAACUCUUGACUAGCUCAUGUGUUGUCAUGUUUUUCUAACUGCAUGUGUACAUGACAUAGCCUGCCAAUGAACGUUGCUGAUGCCUUAUAAAGACAUUUCAUUUAAUUUCUGGUUUGUAUGUUUAUUCAUUGGUUUUGUUUCCCUUAUGUCCAGACCAACAAAUUCCUUUCCACUCUGUGUGGAACCGUCUGGCGAAAUGAAUCCAUUUUAACAAUGGGGUUCCUUGAACAAGUGCAAUUGUAUAAAUACAUAUCUCUAUCUCCAUGAUCACUGUACACAGCUGCUACCUAGUGCUUGUUCCAAUAUACCAAACUACUGGAAA